GGCGGAUUUCUGCACUCUGAUAAAUAAAAAAGCUUUAAAUGAAACCGUACACUUUCAUCAUAACGACCACAUAGGUUUGCAUCUACAGCUCAACAUGUUUCUGAUUCUAAGCUUUGUUCUAGCUAUUGGAAUUCUUCCCAUUCACGCGCUUCCUGGACUUGAGAAAUGCGUACAUGAUAACUUGUUAAAAGACUUAAUGCAGAUGCAAUCGACUGGUGGAGUGGAUGAUUUGGACCAAACAUGCCCUUACGUUCUGCAGAUAUUUGAUUGUCUAGACAAUUUAGUUGUAAACCACACAGGACUUACGAUUAGCCAGCUUGCGGAAUUGAUACCAGAUGAAACUGUACAAAAUGGAGCCAAGAUUUUCAUGAAUACUCGAAAUGUCCUUACUGAGCUCUGCACUGAAGGGAUGCCUUUCAACAAAGCUUAUCGUGAAAAUGUUGAGUGUUUAUCCAGACUCGGAAAUCCUUUAACUGAUUGCGAAGAAAAAGCUAGAGAUACUUACGAUUCCUACAAAGAGUUUAUGGACAAUUCGGUGGAAGGAGGAACCCCACAAUUAGAACCGGAAAGAACCUGCAUGAUGGAAUCAUACAAAGUUGCCUGUGCUGCCGCUUACGUCAUGGAUCAAUGUGGUGACGCAUCCCGAGCUCUUUUCCAGAACUUGAUCAAAAGGACAACCUAUUUGAAAUACGGACCCUGUUCAAAUUACGAUACCGGAGACUUGAAGACAAAAUUUUUAAGCUUCAUAGAGCUAAGCGGUCAGCAUCGAUCUGUUUUCGCCGAUGCUUUCGAUUUCAGGAGGAAGAAGCGAUCUGUGUAAAGAAAUGUAUCAUGUUUUCCCCCUUUAGGGAAAAAACUUAUUUUCACAACAAAAUUAAAUAAAAUGUAUUGUCUUUUAAUUACU